UUAUUUUCCCACCAAACUUCCUCGAGAUCACUCGCCGGUUUUUAAACUUCAACGUGUGAACGUGUUAUUUCAUAACAUUAAAUCAUCAGGAGGUGUAGUGAAAUUAUUGUUUUCUUAAAAUUAUAUAAACAGUUUUCUCUCAUUGGAUAAAACACAAGAAAGUGCUUCAAAAUCCGUGUUUUAAUAACCAAGUGAAAAUAUCUAAGAAAGUGGAUCCACACCUUAGUUACGCUGCAGUAUCCAAAAUGUGUAUCGCUAAAUUUGAUCAAAGCAAAGGAACCCAAAUGAAUAGAAACAUUGGGCAAGUUAUAACUGGCGUUUUAGCCCAGGCCAAAUCAGAACGCCGAUUAAUUCACGGCUUAUACGAAACAGCCUCAUAUCUUCAUCAAAAUCCUGAUGAUGUCCUGGUUUGUCUUCUACCAGAAACAAGAACUGAAGAUCCAACUAUCCACAUGCAAGAAGUCCUCUUAGAAGCUUUCUGUUAUGAGUACGAAAUUCCGGUUAUUCGAGUGGAUAGUAGUAAACGUCUUGGCGAAUUGUGCGAAGAAAAUUCAGCGUGCAGUUGCGCCAUCGUUACCAGGGACCCAAAUAUUCCUUGGGAUGAAAAUUCCGACCCGCCUGUAUCACCGGAAGAGAAAACCCUUCAAGAUUUCUACGAGUACACAUUGGAGCAAUUCCCAAGACCAGUAAUCGAAUUGCCGAUAUGAACUCGAUUAGAGAAAAAUGAAGACCCUUGACCGGGAUUAUGGCAUUUAUAUUUUAUUAAAAAGUCAUUCCUCCGUGUGGCUAAACACACAAUGAUAUUAUAUCAACAUGAUACAGCGUUGUGUAAUACUAAAAAAAUCGGAAUAAGGGGGCAGCUUGAUGUCUUAUGUGAGAGUUUUUAUAAAAUUCUCGUUUUAACUGUAAUUAAUUAGGGUUGGAAACGUUUAAGCAAUUUACCCUAAUAAGUUAAUAAUAUUGUUAAAGACAUCACAGCUGUUGCUAUUAAAAAAAUAAUAAGUAAAUAGAAUGUAUGAAUAUACUUAAAUUUGUAUAGAUCUAUAAAUCUCGUUAUAGAAUUGUUUUUAAUGAGAUUUAAGCGACUUAAUGAUUUGUUGUGAUUAUUGUAAGAAAGAGAUUUUAUAUAAAAAGGUGUACCUACCUUUUAAAGAGUUGAUUAAUUAUUACUUAAUAAAAAUGAUUUUGUUAUAA